AUGCAAAGUAUGUUUUCACCUUAUGUAAAAUUGAGGUGUCUGGAUUACCCUCUUUUGAUAGUUUUAAAAGAAAAGAUAGAGGGUUAUUUUACAAAGUUUUUGGGUUUAACUUCUGUGAAUUUUGGGAACCUGAUUAAAGAUAAAAUCAAAUAAAUCUGA